CACAUCGAAUUUCAACGAGCGGUAUUUUUUGGCCCGAGGGGGGCCCACUGGGUCAAACGGUUCAACAACAAAAAAGCCCAUUACAACCCACAAACACACUACUGGAAACUCCGACAGAACAACGCAUUACACGCACUCUCGUAGCGCGCAGUGGAGGGAUAUAUAAAAGCAACUAGGAUCUUUAAACUUUUCUUGUCUUGGACUCGUUUUUGUCGAGAAAAAAAACAAAGUUGAAAGGUAUGUAACGGUUAUUGCUUAUUAGAGCAGAGCGACGCGCGUGUUGAAGGGAAACGCGAGAUGAACAAACGCGAGGGGGUUGCUGCCAAGAUUGCUGCGAGAGAUGCAGAUGACAUGACCAAAAAAGAAGGAUACCGUUAGCGUAAAAGGCGAAAAACGCUGCGUAAAAAGCACUCGAUAAACGGCGUACGCAACGCAACCGCACUACACAACACUGCAGAUAUUCGUAGUGUUUUUUCGUUUUUUGGUGCGCAAAGGUUGGGCCACUGCGCGCCCGAACGGGGCCAGUUCUUCCCCCAGUACGCAGCUAUCAAGAAACCCAAAAAGCUCUCGAUAAACGAGGUUAUCUAACUCGUUCUCUCCAGUGUUUUAGUUAGCGGACCCAAAACCAGUUCUUUUGGCAUUUCUUUGAUAUACGAUAUUCCGUCAACGUAACAGCAAAACACCAUGAGCUACUACGCAGCUCCCUACGACUACUUUCCCAUCCACCCCCGGUUUCCACCCCCAGAUCUGCACGCACCACCACAACAGCAUGUGCAUCCCGAGAUGCACCCACCAGAAGAAUGGUGUUAUGGCCCUCCACCGCCGGCACCACCACCACCCAUGUACCCCCCACAACAUUACGCAGCAUUUGAAUACGAGCCACAUAUACCGGAACGAACAAGUAAUUUAGGCAAUAGUUUCGCGAUUCCAAAAGGAACGCGGAAUGCUAUGCAUCGUGUUACGGAGAUGGGGAAUAAUAUUGUGUUGACGGGGAAGAGGGGUCGACCUCAAUCUGUUGGUGCCACGACAACGACGACAAUGACGACUUUGACGAUGAAUACCAAUACGACGAUAGCGAGUACGAGACCAGGGGGCAUGGCAGCAUCUGCUGGAGACGUACCCAUCAAAUCCGAACAACCACCCAAAAAAUCCAGCACACCCCCAACAACAACAACAACAUCCAAACCCACACCCAUUCCCAAACCCUCUUGUUCAUCAUCCUCACCACCCCCCUCUCAAUUCCUCAUUGCACCCCCAGCAUGGAAGCGCAUGUUUGAAACCGCUCGAACAAGAGCACAAGGUGAAUCCGGUGUAGCAGCCCCAGUAGUCGAACUCGCCUCCCAAAUGCUCAAUAAACGUUGCAUGACCACCGUGGACCAAAAACGGAAAUUUGUCAUGAUGGUCGAUGCAACUAUUCUGCGACGAGGUGUAUUGAGUAGUCGGAGUCAUGAAGGCAUGACGGUUGCGUUGUAUUUGUUUCAACCUGGGAGAGGAAGUGGGGGGGAGUUGGUGAGUACUGAGACCAUGUUGUGUCGGAUGAGGAUUUUUGUAGAGGAUACGAGAUUAUUGCCAGCAAAUGGCAUGUCCAAUGGUGUGCAAAUCAACCUUCUCCCCGCCCUCACGGCCGAUAAAUUUGAGAAAAAGACGGUGACGAUUUCCGUAGAGGCGAGGCCAGAGGAUUUUGCACAUGGGUUAGCCAUGGUGUGCUUGAGACGAUUGGAAAAUCCGAUGUGUGUAUCGAGGCCUUGUGCACCUGUUCCUGCACCAGUCCCCUCUCUUCUCCGCCGACACUCUGCCCCCGUCCGACCAGCAUACCCCCUCAUCGCCCCCGCAGCCGUCCCCACCAAACGCUCCGCUUCAACUCUUUCCGCCUCGCCAAGCCGUGCCUCUGAGCCUUGUGUACCGGAACGAGAGGAAGACGAUGCAGUGCAGGUUGGAGAUCAGAUUGUGAGUCUUGUGUGUCCGAUUGCGUUGAAGAGGAUUGGGGUGCCGGGCAAGGGACGCAAGUGUCGGCAUGUGCAAUGUUUUGAUUUAGAGACAUUUGCCAAACUCUCUCGAUCAAGUCCGAAAUGGAAGUGUGCCGUCUGUAACGACGUGAUUGACAAGACGGACUUGACGGUUUCCGAACCCUUUCUGCACCUCCUAGCAGCCUACCCCGACGCACCCCGCUGCAUCGUCCGCGCAAACGGGUCCCACGCACCCUACACAGAACCCAGCCGCAAAAAACAAAAACGCAACAUGGUUGUCGAUUUAUGUCAAGAUGAACCAGAGAAAUUGUAUUGGGUAGAUCGAGCGGGUCAAGAUGAUUCAUCCGAGAAUAAUGGAGACGUACCAAACGGACCGGUCGAUGACCGCGAUGUGAGGAUUCAACGUAUUUUCCAUCAGGCUGCUGUUGAGGCUCAACCCUCUUCACCUCCUCGCGGGGUGGGUGGCAUGUGUGCCGGUAUCGUUUCUCCAAAGUUUACGUGAAAGAGACGAAAUGUUGUUUAAUUAUACCCCCGCCCUUUUUUGUUGUUUUCAACAAAAAAAAACCCAUAAUUUAAUGAUUGUUGGUGUUUUUGUUUUUUUUUUCUCCCUUUAGAGUAGAUAUGCUGGGGAAGGAUAUUAGUGAAAGGGGGGGCUGGUUUUGGGUAGAUGUUAGAAGUGUUGAAAGACGGGGAAACAGAGGAUAGGUUUUUUUUUGAGAGAGAGAGAGAGAGAGAGUGAGAAAGAGAGAGAAUACAAUAAAGAUGUGUG